CAUUAAUUUCCCGUCCCCACAACUUCAAUGUCUUGGUUGAUUUUUCUGAAGUUGAAUUGACUUGGUGCUUGACUCCCAAGUCAAUGUCUGUCUGUAUCUAAUCCAUUACACCCCUACAAAGCAGCUUCCGGAUCAGACCAUUUCAGAAGCACGAUUGUUCAGAAACUUCAAUCCGUCCACCAUGGCCAACAUCCUCAUGCUUCUUUCCUUUCUCCUUAUGAACUUCCAUGAGUGUUUGGCUCAAACUGGCUCCGCCAUAAGCCCGGGUUCCUCCAUUACUGCAGGAUCUACCCAUUCCUGGGUUUCUCCAUUAGGGGACUUUGCUUUCGGUUUCUAUCAUCUUUCCAACGAUCUCUACCUUGCCGGAAUUUGGUUUGAUAAAAUCCCCGAAAAGAUACUGGUUUGGUCGGCCAACCGUGACAAUCCGGCGCCGCUGGAUUCCGUCGUCCAGUUGAACAACACCGGCCAUUUUGAAAUUCUGUCCCCAACCGGCUCCAUUAUUCCAUCAACAUUUACAGAGCAGAAGACCCCUGCAAGUUCCGGCCAAAUGCAAGACGAUGGCAACUUGGUGUUGAAAAACGCCAAUCCUGAGGCCGUCUGGCAAAGCUUCGAUUGGCCGACAGACACGCUCCUUCCCGGACAGGUUUUGGGCGUCGACAAAAAAAUGUUCUCUGCAAGAACCAGCUCAGAUUUCUCAACUGGGAAUUUCAUGUUGCAAAUGCAAAGCGAUGGGAAUCUGGUGCUUUCCAAUUACCUCUUCUCUAAUAUUGGGUAUUGGUUCACAAUAGCAACAGAGGUUGCAAACACUGUCUUGAUGUUCAAUAACUCUGCUUCAAUGUUCCUUACCAAUGGAACUUCCCCAAUUGGACAGAUAUUUCGCAAUUUGACAGUUAAUGAUCAAGCCCCAAUUAAGGAUUACUAUCACAGAGCAACGAUCGGUGUCCAUGGCGAUUUUCGACAAUAUAUUCACCACAAGACAGACAGAAAUGAAUGGAAAAAGAUUUGGGGAGCCAUGAGCGAUCCUUGCCUUGUGAACACAGUUUGCGGCUUAAAUGGUCUCUGCAUAUCAUCCGACAACGACACAGUAACCUGCGAUUGCUUGCCGGGCUUUGUUCAUUUGGAUCCGACCGAUGCUAUGAAAGGAUGUCGGCCAAAAACAGUGGACAAUUACCGUAGUGAAGAUUAUGGGAAGACAUUCGAGAUCCAGGUGAUCAAUGAUGUCGAUAUCGACUUCCCCCCUGGAGCAGGACAAUUUUCAGUAUUGGCUACUACAAACGACGUUGAUGUUGAGGGAUGCAAACAGGCAAUCCUCGGGGAUCGUUAUGCCAUGGCUGCAACUUUGAAUGGCAGGACAUGUCUUAGCAAAAGGACGCCAUUAAUGAAUGCUAGAAAUACUUCCAAUACUAAAGGAUUAAGAACUCUGAUCAAAGUGCCUUCAGGAAACAGUCCGAUGGGUUUAAACAACAAACCAAAAGACAAAUCGAAAUACCGAAAGUUCUUGGAGAUCGGCAAUAUAAUCGCUGGAGUUCUUGCUUUUUGCUUCGGAGUCGUUGCCCUCUUCUCUCAUCCCAUAACUGGAAGAUUGUUGAGAAGGAAGCAACGUUCAAGUGCAAGUGCCAUCGGAAUCAAUUUCCGGGAAUUCACUUACCAGGAAUUGGAUGAUGCAACCGAUGGAUUCCACAGGAUCCUCGGCCGGGGAUCUUCGGGUAAAGUGUUCAGCGGAGAUUUACACAUAGACGGUGUUGAGGUGGAAAUUGCAGUGAAACUGCUCGAUAAAAUGCAUGAAAGAACUGAAAAUGAGUUCGUGACGGAGCUCACAAUCAUCGGCCGGACGUAUCACAAGAAUUUGGUCCGAUUGUUAGGUUACUGCAUCGAAAAGGAGAAUCAAUUUCUUCUAGUGUAUGAGCUAAUGCCGAGGGGAGCACUAUCAGGUUUCCUAUUUGGCAGUGGCGAAAACCCUAAUUGGGCACAGAGGGUCGAAAUUGCGUUGGGAAUAGCGAGAGGAUUAGCGUACUUACACGAAGGGUGCGAGACGCAGAUCAUCCAUUGCGACGUGAAGCCCCAAAACGUACUCCUCGACGCCAAUUACACAACGAAAAUCGCAGAUUUUGGGAUAUCGAAGCUGUUGAUGAAGGACCAAACGAGAACAAACACGGAGGCGAGAGGGACAUUUGGGUACAUGGCGCCGGAGUGGCUGAGGGGAGCUCCGGUGACGGCAAAGGUGGAUGUAUUCAGCUAUGGGGUAAUGCUGUUGGAGAUAAUUUGCCGUAGAAGGAACGUUGAGUUGGAUCGAGUGGAAGAAGAAAGUGAGGAGGAGGACUUGGUUUUAUCGAAUUGGGUUCUGAGUUGCGCGGCGGCCGGUAAACUGGAGACGGUGGUGGGAGAUGAGCCGGAAACAUUAAGGGAUUUGGACAGGUUUGAAAGGAUGGCAAUGGUGGGGUUAUGGUGCAUUCAUCCAGAUGCGUCUCAAAGACCAUCCAUGAAGAAGGUGACCCAAAUGUUAGAAGGCACGGACGAUGUUGGAACCCCUCCUCAGCUCCUGCGCGCCACAACCUCCUCCUCAGCUGCUCUACUUCUGUCGACCGGCUCCAUCCCUUUAAGUGAAUAAGCUUCAACCUUUUUCGUGUUAUUUUAAACAAAAUAGUCUUCCUUUAAUUUCUUUUCAAUUCAUUUUUAAAUGUUCCU